CGCCUUCUUCUCUUACCCAUUUUAGGUUUCUCAUUCAGCAUGGCACCGACUACUCUCUUCCGCUCGGAAGAGAUGUCACUAAUUCAGCUGUACAUUCCUACGGAAAUCGUCCAACCCUGUGUCGCCGAACUUGGCGAACUUGGCAUGGUCCAAUUCCGAGACCUUAAUCCCGAUGUUAAUGCCUUCCAACGUACUUAUGUUUCCGAAAUAAGAAGAUUCGACGAAAUGGAGCGCCAGUGCCGUUUCUUCAAGUCUCAGGUCGACAAGGCAGGAAUUCCCCUUCGCCAUCUCGGCCUCGCCGGUCAGUUUUCUCGAGCACGGUCAACCCAGGAAAUCGACGACCUUGAAGAGAAGCUUCGCGAUCACGAAGGUCGUCUCUCUGAAAUGAACAACUCUUAUGAGGCCCUUCAGCGUCGUUAUCUUCAACUCACCGAGCUCCGUCAUGUUCUCCGUGAAACGGCUACAUUCUUUGAACAAGCUGACCCAGGACAAGAUCCCCGUGUGUCCCUUGAUGAAACAGAUGCUACCACACCUCUUCUUGAACACGAUGUUGGCACUGGUAGUGAAGAUCCCAGCCAUGCCAACCUUGGCUAUGUAACUGGUGUGAUCUCCCGUCACCGCAUGCAGACCUUUGAACGCGUGCUAUGGCGCUCAUUGCGUGGUAACUUGCUCGUCAAGUCUGCUGAAAUUGAUGAAAUGAUCGUGGAUCCCGAUUCAGAUGAGACUCUUGAGAAGAAUGUGUUUGCUAUCUUUACCCAUGGUAAAGAGAUGAUUAGCAAAGCAAGAAAGAUUUCCGAGAGUUUGGGUGGUACUCUUUACACUGUUGAUGAGUCCGCUGAUAAGAGACGCGAUACUCUGCUUAACAUUACUUCGAGCAUUGAGGAUCUCAACAAUGUCCUUUUCACCACCACCUCUGCCCGUACUUCAGAGCUUAGCAAAAUCGCUGACAACUUGACAGCUUGGACAACCAUUGUUCGUAAGGAAAAGGCUAUUUAUAACACCAUGAAUCGUUUCAUCUAUGAUGGUGCUCGUAAGACCCUGAUCGCAGAAGGAUGGUGCCCCACUAACGACUUCGCCAUUAUCAAGCGCACACUCAAAGAAGCCAGCGAAGCUACGGGUACCAACCUUUCUUGUAUCGUCCACAACCUGAAUACCAAGAAGACACCCCCUACAUACCACCGCACCAACAAAUUUACCCAGGGAUUCCAAGCAAUCAUCGAUGCUUAUGGUAUCGCACGGUAUCGUGAGGUCAACCCUGGCCUUUUCACCCUAGUUUCCUUCCCCUUUUUGUUUGCUGUCAUGUUUGGUGAUAUUGGUCACGGCUUCCUUUUAUUCCUAUUCGCACUCUACCUUGUUCUCAACGAGAAGAAACUCGCACUUGAUAAUGGCGAGAUUUUUAAAAUGUUCUUUGGUGGUCGUUACAUGAUGCUGAUGAUGGGUCUCUUCUCUAUUUUCACUGGAAUUAUUUAUAACGAUGUAUUUUCUCUGUCUCUCAACCUUGCCACUCCUGGUUUUGAUUGGCCCCAUCACAAUGGUACUGGUCCCGUAGAGGCUGUUACCAACGGUCAUGUCUAUCCCUUUGGUUUUGACCCUUCAUGGCACGGAUCCGAGAACUUCUUGUUGUUUUCAAACUCUUACAAAAUGAAACAGGCCAUUAUUUUGGGUGUCCUUCACAUGUCUUUCGCUAUCUGUUUGAACGUAUUCAAUCACGUCUACUAUGGCAAGAAAAUGUUUGUCUGGCUCGAAUUCUUGCCCCAGAUUCUUUUCAUGGAGUCUAUCUUUGGUUAUCUUAUCUUCUGUAUCAUGUACAAAUGGAGUGUUAACUGGUGGGAACUUGACUCCGAGGGUCAUCAUAUUCGAAAUGCUCCUCCAAACUUGUUGAACAUGUUGAUCUAUAUGUUCUUGAGUCCUGGUACUGUUGACCCCAAAGAGCAGCUUUUUGCUGGACAAGGCCCAAUUCAAGGAGCUUUGAUUGCAAUUGCUCUCAUUUGUGUACCAUGGAUGUGGUUCGCAAAGCCUUAUUAUCUUAAGGUUCAAAAUUCCAAGCAUCAGUAUGAGACCGUUGCUCACGAAGAUACUGAAGCACUUGUUGAAGAAGAGGAAGAAGUAGAAGAGUUUGAAUUCAGUGAAGUUAUGAUCCAUCAGACAAUUCAUACCAUUGAGUUCUGUCUCAACUGUAUCUCUAACACUGCCUCAUACCUUCGUCUUUGGGCUCUUUCCCUUGCUCACGCUCAGUUAUCCAGUGUAUUGUGGGAUAUGACCCUUAAGAUUUGGUUCAACUUCACCGGAACUCUUGCCGUUGUUGGUCUUGUUAUCGGUUUCUCUAUGUGGUUUGUAUUAACUGUCGGUAUCUUGCUGGGCAUGGAAGGUUUAUCUGCUUUCUUGCACGCUCUCCGUCUUCACUGGGUUGAGUUUGACGGAAAGUUCUACAUGGGUGAUGGUGUUCAAUUUGAGCCUUUUGCUUUUAGUGAUAUUAUUGAAGACAACCAAGAGUAAAUUAUGCGCCCUAUUUGUUUAUAUUCCAAUAAAGAGGAUUCAAUGCGUCAAUAAAGUCUUUCUUAUAUCCUUGUACUCAUAAAAAAUAUACACAUUAAUGCAAACUAUGACUAC